CAACAGCACCAAAUUUCCCACACCCAGAAAAUAAAAACAAAAACCCACAACCCUAAACCCUAGACCAACCAUGGUUUCUGAAACUUACCGAUCCAAAAAUGUCUGUGUGAUUGGAGCUGGACCCUCAGGGCUUGUAGCUGCAAGGGAGCUGAGGAAGGAAGGUCACAAGGUGGUGGUGUUGGAACAAAACCAUGAUGUGGGAGGGCAGUGGCUGUACGACCCAAAUGUGGAGGGAGAGGAUCCCUUAGGAAGGGUACCUACCCUAAAAGUGCAUAGCAGUCUUUACACCUCUUUGAGGCUCAUAUCUCCAAGAGAGAUCAUGGGGUUCACUGACUUUCCAUUUGCAGUAAAAAAAGGUAGGGACAUGAGGAGGUUUCCGGGCCAUAGGGAACUUCUAUUGUACCUCAAGGAUUUUUGUGAUUGGUUUGGGUUGAGGGAGUUGAUAAGGUUCAAUACUAGGGUUUCAUAUGUGGGGAUGUUGGAUGGAGAUCAUGUAGUUGGUUGCAAAGAUUUGAAAUGGGUUGUGAAGAGUGUGGAAAAGAAGACCGAGAUUUUCAUAGAAGAGGUGUUUGAUGCGGUGGUUGUGGCCACGGGCCACUACUCUAAGCCAAGGUUGCCAUCCAUUCAAGGAAUGGAUGCAUGGAAAAGGAAGCAACUGCAUAGUCACAUCUACAGGGUUCCGGAGCCAUUUCGUGAUGAGGUUGUGGUGGUGGUUGGGACUUCACUAAGCGGACAAGAUAUAUCAAUGGAACUAGUGGAUGUGGCGAAGGCAAUCUACCUCAGUGGAAAAUCUCUUGACAUAUCUGAGGGCUUGUCCAAAGUCAUUUCCAAACACGAAAACUUGCACCUUCGUCCCCAGAUAGAGGCACUUCAAGAAGAUGGGAAGGUAUUAUUUGUGGACGGUUCUUGGGUCAUUGCAGACACUAUCAUGUACUGCACUGGGUAUUCAUACACAUUCCCCUUUCUUGACACCAAAGGAAUAGUAACUGUGGAUGAUGACAGAGUGAGCCCCUUGUAUGAGCACACCUUCCCUCCAUCACUUGCUCCCUCUUUAUCUUUUAUAGGCAUUCCUAGAAAGAUAAUAGGGUUCCCUUUCUUUGAGUCACAAGCAAAAUGGAUAGCUCAACUGCUCUCUGGGAAAACAACAUUGCCAUCAAGGGAUGACAUGAUGCAGUCCAUCAAGGAGUUCUACCACUCAAGGGAUGUUGCUGGCAUUCCAAAGCAUAACACCCACGACAUCGCCGAGUUUGAGUAUUGUGACAAAUAUGGAGAUCAUAUAGGGUUCCCACAUUUGGAAGAAUGGAGGAAAGAGCUUUGCCUUUCGGCACUAAGAAAUGCUGAAACCGACUUGGAAACGUAUAGGGAUUCGUGGGAUGAUCAUGAGCUGCUUCAAGAGGCUCUUCAAAGUCCACAUUUUACUCAACUUGGGGCUCAAGAUUUAGAUUUUCCUCUUUGAAACCCUACAAAUAUUAUUAUUAUUAUUCUUUUUCUUGGACCACCAAGUUUGAGUAUAUUCUAAGUUUUUGCUUCUAUUAUUAAAAAAAAAAUUAUUAUCCUUUUGUUUUUGUUUUUCAAUAAUGCUUCACAGAUUUUGUAUCAAUAUUUGAUAUUAAAUUCAACUUAACUAAAUUUCUGUUUCAUCAAA